AAACCCGGAACAACUGCGGCUGCGGCUAGUCCAGGUCCAGAUGGUUUCCCUUCUGGAUCACAAUAUCUACAGUUAUGACAGUCGCAGUCCUCCCGAACAGAUUUAACGACGAUGAAUAUAAAAACUGGCUGAAGUCAACACAUAGCUUAUUAUGCCUAAGGAACGGCAUAGAAAAAUUUGUUCAACAAGAAACAAAAUCAUUUCAUUUGCUUCUUAAAAGUAAACUGCAAGGCGAGAAAUGCAACGCUAAAUGCACGCCACAGGUGAACAAGUUUCAAAAUCCAUGCAGUUCCUGCAAGAAAUGGGUGACGGCGAUUUUGAGCAACAGCAGCAUCAACAAUCAACAAAUCCACUGGAAAAACACUGAUCCUCCUCUGUGGCCAAAGGAAGAAUGGGAAGUUGCUAAAGUGUAUAUGCCAAGAGGACAAACCAAACACAAAAAAGUCAGUGAUUUUGAUAUUGCAGCUUUGUUAAAUUUUGUGCAGAAUUGCAAACAUUUUCACAGCUUGAUAAAAGGAAAUGUAAAUAAGGUAAUACAAGUAAGAAACAUCCUGAUGCACUCUGCAUUAAUGAAAGUGAAGCCAGCAGACAUGCACAGCCACAUAGAUACAGUUCUUGAUUUUAUUAAUCAGCUGCUUACCAGUCCUCAUCUAGCAACAGAUUCUGACCUGAACAAGGCCCUGGAAAAUGUCAAAGAGUUGCAAAAUACCAAUCUACAUAUUUCAUUACAAGGGAACCUUGAACUGGGUGACAAAAAUAUGCUGGAUCUGGAAAUGCAGUGUUUCAAGGAGAAGAUUGAAGAACUAAGACAGCAAAUGGAAGAAGGCAGUGACAGAACAUUAAAGGAGUGUCUGCAAGAUGUACAGGAACUUAAAGAAUUUAUGAACAAUAAUAAAGAUCUGUCCGAGAGACUGGGCACCCAGUUGGAACUACUGAAUCAUGUAGCUGAGAAAGUCAAAGAACAUGAUCAAAAGCUGGAAAGACUUUCAGAAGCUGUGAAUGUACAUGAAGAAGAUAUUGUAAAUUUAGACAAAAGAGUCCAGGUUCUGGAAGAUUCUACAGAAAUAAGCGGCUUCUCAUCUUCAGGAGAAAUGUACAAAAAUCGCCUUUUUGAACUGACUCAGAUACGUGACUGGCCUCCUCCAAAGUUUUCAGAGAAAUAUGGAAAAAAAGGUGGUUACAUCGGAGUAGUUGAAGUAAAUAAAAUUAAGUAUGAAGGCAGAGAAGAACAUAAAGCCAAAGUUUCUUCUCAUCAAGCAGUAGCGAAAAUAGCCUUAUGUGAGCUUGGUCAGAUUUCAGAGGAUGUAGAUGCAUCCACUACAGAGGGUGGCGAUACAUCUGCUUUAACAGAAGGACUUAAGCACCUUGCAUCUGUAAGUGUGAAUCUGAACAAGACAAUUGAAACAGCUGAAACUUACACAUCUGAGAAAGAGGCUGUGCAGAUGGCUUAUUUUGAGUUAGCAAGAAGGCUGCAGCUGCAAGGUCAAAACUCAGAUUCCCAGACAGCAGUGGAGGACUUCUUUUCUGAUCUGGGCUGUAAGGUACCAUCACAGAUACAUGUAAAGAUGGAUGAUAAAAGGCAUAAGUGUCAUCUCACAAUUGUUGGAGACUGUACAUUUCAAAGUAAAGAUGGUAGACGAAAAUUAAAGGAUGCAGAACAAGAAGCAGCAAAGAUUGCCUUGCAGAACUUGGCAGGAAUAUUUGAAUGGAGCUUUGAAUCUAUUAAUCCGUCCAAUGAUAACUUCAAGGGGAAAUUGCAGGAACUGCUGAUUAAAUCAGGUCAUGGUGUGCCAACAUACAAAGGAAAUAAAAGUGAUUUAAUUUUAAAGGAGACAUCACUUCAGAGAAAUCAUGCUUCCAGUGCAGCAGUUCACUCAAACAGUGACUAUAGGUCAUCUGAACAAGCAUUCAUUUCAACUGCUGUCCGAGAAGCUAAGGGUGUGACUUUUGAAAAACCAGCUGAACAGCCAGUAGGAGAAUGUGAUGCAGAAAGUACUGAACAAUCCUUUCCUUUUCAUCCUGAAGACCAGCAAGUUAUUACUGAUGAGACACGUUCUACAGUCUCCAGUGCAGUAAACGAACAUGACAGUGACAUCAAAAGAAAUUGUGAACAGUCAGCUAUUUCACCUGCUGCUCCCCUGAAAACAGCGAAUGUGGCCAGCCAACCGCUAGAUGAACAUUCUAAAGGAUCAGCUAAUGAAGAGAGCUCUGGAGGACCUGCAGCUAUCCAAGCUGAAAAACAUGAAUCAUGUGUCACAGCCAUUCCGUUUUUUUCUGAGGUGACUGUUGAGCUUCAAAAAACUUUUGAAACUCAGGAAGUGUAUCCAUCUAGAGAAAUGGCCAUGCUGGCAGUAUACAGCAAGUUGAAGUCAGCAUUUCAGCUGCAGGCAUCAGAGUCAGAUUAUGCAAAUUCUAAAGAAGAAGUUCUGAAAUUUUUCAACACAUCACAUUAUAAACCACCAGAAGAGAAUUAUGAGGAAACCAGUGAUAACAAAUUUAAGUGCAAGCUUGAACUAUCUGGAAAAUUCAGUUUUCGGAAUAAAGAGGGUGCCUCAAGAAAGAAGGCAGCUGAACAUGAGGCAGCAAAAACUGCUCUCACCCACCUAGCAAGUAUAUUUGACUGGAGAUUACAACCUACCUGCAAAGCUAGUGACAACUACAAGGGGAUGUUGCAGGAAUUGUUGAUGCAGUCAAACCACAGUGCACCAGCCUACAAAGAUGUUGCAGAUAAUCUUAAAGAAAAGGAGACUGCUUCACCUUCCGCUGAGAAGGCGUCUGCAUCUCCUAAUAAACCAGUAUUUCAAACUGACACCAAGCCAAUCACUUCAGCAAAAAAAGGUUCUAAAAUUCAAGCUGCCUCUCAUAAUGUAGACAAUACUACCCUGACCUGUCAUGCAACAAAAACUGUCUCAAAAGUGUCUCUAUCUCCUAGUAAACCAGUUUUACAAACUGACACCAAGCCAAUCACUUCAACAGAAGAAGGUCCUAAAAUUCAAGAUGCCUCCCAUAAUGUAGAGAAUGCUGCUAUUGCUUGUCAUGCAACAAAGACAGUCUCAAAAGCAGUACAACAUGUUUUGGAAAAGUUUCCACCAAAAUUUACGUAUGCAUAUGAUUCAGAAGUCACAGUUCAUCUUAAAGAAUUCAAAACUGAAACUUCAUUAGAGUGCAGAGCAAAAAAAGAAGCAACACGUGCAGCCUACAAAAGCUUUGGAAAAGCUCUAGGCAUUUUGGAUGAAAAUGCAGACGCAACUACUGCUGCAUCAAAAGUUAAUGAAUUUUUAGUUCAAAAUGGGUACCAGCUUCCAGAAGAAAUCAUCUCUGGCAACUUUACAAAGUUUGAGAGUCAGCUUAUAGUGACGUGUUCAUUCUCUUGUCAUGGCAAAGGUUCCAGUUUUGUGCAGGCACAGGAACAAGCGGCAAAGCAAGCUGUUUUGCAAUUAACCUGCAUUCUUGGUAGGAGUUCAAAUUCCAUGGCAGUGAGUGCUGACGGACACAAACAGCUACUUUCAAACCUGCUUCAGGAACAUAGCCAAGAAGCUCCAGUUUAUAAGGAUGAAUAUAAACAUACAGCUAGCAUAAACUUCACAAACUUUGUAAUAGAAUCCCAGAAGAAAUGGAACAACAAGAAGCUAGCUCAUACAGAAGUUGCCCUGCGUUUACUUGGUUUGCUAGGACUACCUCUUCAAGAAAAAGGGGCUAAAAAUUAUGCUCAGGAGUGGUUCCAGGAAAGAAGACUUUCAGUUCCAAAGUAUACAGAAUGUGGAAAUGGAUCUGAGGGAUUUGUAGGGAAAGUUACUUUUUCGGCCUGUAUGAAAUACUCUGUCUCAGAGCCACAAUUUACUGAAGAACUAUCCAAAGAGAAACUCCUGUUGGAGGUACAACGGCAUCUGGAGUUCAUUGUAGAUAAGGAUAUCCAGCUGAAUCAGACCUGAGCUGCAGCUAAUAACUAUGUCUGCCAUAAUGAAUUAAAUUCACUGUAAUAAUGUUCUUCUUUUUAGAAAAUUGAAUCAAGUUUAAAUACAAAUUAAAUUAAUUUCUUAUAAUACA